CAUUGGUGCCAGGCAGGAGGGGCUAGAUCCCUGGGGAGCAGGUGGAGGUGGCUGAGACGGCCACAGGCAGCCAGGGCUCUCAGCACGCAGAGCAAGUGGGGUCCCAGGGACAGCCAAGAAAAUGGGGGGCCACAGUCCCUGUGCACCUGGCUUCCCUCUCUUCUUCUUCUUGCUGCUGCUGCUGCUGCUCCCACCACUUGUUAGAGCAGGGAGCCACCCAUACCGUGGUCCUGGCUGGAAACUCUUCCAGCGCCUGGGCAUGGGGUCCAGACUCCUCCAGCAUCGCCAGGGCCUUGGCGGGAAGCCACAGUGGCGCCAAGCAGAGGAGGAGUGCCACGGAUCCUUCGACCUCUACAUAAUCCUGGACAAGUCAGGCAGCGUGAACAACAACUGGAUUGACAUUUACAUGUUUGUGGAGCAGUUGGUGGAGAAAUUCCAACACCCAAAAUUGCGGAUGUCAUUCAUUCUCUACUCCGGAGAUGCCUAUACCCUCAUGCCGCUCACCUCGGACAGAGAUGAAAUCCGUAAGGGGCUUGAAAAACUUCAGCAAGUGAUCCCUGCCGGAAACACAAACAUGCACGAAGGACUUAAAAAGGCAAACGAGCAGAUUGAAGAAGCCAACUCCGGAGACGAAAAGGUUGCCAGCAUGAUCAUCGCCAUGACGGAUGGGACGCUGUUGCCCAUGCCCUUUGAGUUGUCUAAAGACGAAGCUGCAAAGGCUCGGGAAAUGGGGGCGGUCAUUUACACCGUGGGCGUGAAGGACUAUAAGAAAGAGCAGCUGGAGGCCAUCGCAGACAGACCGGAUUACGCGUUUGGGGUAGACAACGGAUUCAAGGCUUUGAAAGACAUCGUGGACUCAUUGGCUAGCCAGUCCUGCAUUGAAGUCACCUCAAUGGAACCUUCCACUGUGUGUGUAGGCGAGUCCAGCCAAGUGGUCAUCAAUGGAAAAGGCUUUCACAAUGCAAAAGAUCAGGACAAGGUCAUCUGCAGAUUCACGGUGGACGAGAGCAUGGUUGUGGAUGAAAAGCCCAGCAGUAUGGACGACAAUACGAUAACUUGCCCUGUGCCAGUCAUAGAUGAGGCCAACCAGCUCAUCUUUCUCGAAGUCAGCCUGACCAAUGGCAAAAGCUUCAUCGGGAAUAAACUCAACAUGACCAGCACCCACUGUGUGAGAAAAAAGCUAGAGAAUUUACACCUCAGAGACACAGCACUUAGAUCUAAACACCAUUAUUUGCCGAGACACAGAGGGGCUCGAAAAAAAGCCCAGCGCACUGUUUCUGUCAGCAACCCAAUCUAUCUUUCAUUCCUGCCCGCCCUGCUGCUGAUCCCCUGCCUGCUGUGGUGUUGCUGGCGGCUGUGUUGUAGGAGGAAAGUCAAGGAGCCUCCACCACCGCCACCCCCAGAAAAGGAGCCAGAAGAACUCCCGCCACCCCCACCGCCUCCACCCCCACCACCGCCCCCCAUAAACACCUGCCCCACCGUGAUUGUCUCCUGCUGUGGGUGUGGUUGCACCAGCGGCAUAGAGGGCACUGUGGACGGCUUCUACAACUACAUCCAGCCCAGCUGCCACCCUUCGCCGAUGAUGUUGUGCCGGGCCAGGGGCCAGGCAAGGUGCGCCAACUUGGCCCUGGUGAACAGUCGAUGCGCACAGGCUCGCUGCAGCUCGAAGGUCUGCCUUCGACCCAGUAGGGAGUGCUUUCACGUCCCCACGCCGUGUGGCCCACAGAUCUGUCUCCAGCCCAGCCAGGAGUGCUUCCCCAUCCCACAGGCACCGUGUGGCUCCAGGAUCUGCCUCCAGCCCACCCAGGAGUGUGUGUCCCUCCCACAGGUACCUUGCGGCCCCAGGAUCUGCCUUCGACCCAGCCUGGAGAGCCUGUCCUCCAUCUGCCAUCCCCAGUGCUACGGCCUCCCUGCCAGGUACACCACGUCUUGCUCCAGGAUACUGCCACUGCUCUCUCCUAGGAACCGGCAAUCCCUCUAUCGACACCAGCCCCGUUGUCCAACCUCUAAAUGACCCAAAACCCAAGAUUAAGAGGCCUCUAUUUGCAUAUGCAUUGAGCCUUGGUUUGUAGUCAAAAAACAGGUGGGCUUUGUUGCUAACCUACAAGGGUCUGUUGCCUGGACGGAUGAGAUGUAUUUAUACGGUGGUGUGUGGAUGCUAGGCAUGGACCAGUGUCACUCCCGGCAGCUCUGUCCCCAAGGCCUGGGACACAUGGGGACAUGUGCCAAGUUCUGUAAGAAAGAGAGCCCAACAGGUCUUUGAAACAUCAACACAAUGCUGUGUCUCCUUCCCUAAUUUUU